AACUCGUUUAUCCCUCUCAUCUUUCAUUAAAGCCCAACACGUUUAAAGGUCAGUCCAACGCCUUUUUGUCCGCACUUGUGCUAGUAAUCCGCACCAAGAAAGCUUGUGAUUAGCCGCCGUACACAGAGGUAUUUUACUUGAGACGGGAAACAAAUACAACUGAACCAAUCAUAACAGACUGUACCUAUAAUGAUAAUCUAAAACGCAGAGGAGACCAUGCAUUUUAUGAUCUGAACCAUCACAACAUCACCUACACGACAGAUAAUUCCAAGAUGCCUUCUCUACUCUGCAAACAAAGGUGGCAUUAGUGUAAGCAAUAUAUAAAGAGUCUUGUGCUGUCAAAGUGACAAGGAUUGCGGACCACCAUGCUUGUUUUAGCUCUUCUGAUUUUAGAAGUUAUCUUCACGUCUCCGAACGUUGAGGCUCUAUUCUAUUCUCGUUUCGCCAGAAACCGAUGCUGGCGGUUCUGUGGUCAGUGCAGGGCAUCGUGUGAUCCUGGGGAGUUCAUGUUAGGGCCAGUGCCGUGUGGAUUUGGAGCUUUAGGAACAUGCUGCGCUGCCGAGCUACCUUGUUCAGCUUAUGGUGGAGUAUGUCGCCAAAGUGGAUGUCUCAGUUUAACAGAGACGGAGUACACAUACAAAGUGCGAUGUUUCAACUCGCAACAGACAUGUUGCCUGAGAAGGCCCGAGGGCGAUAGGUCAUUUGGGCCAUUCACAAUGCAACCUGUCGCCCCUACCUCCAGACCAAACAUAUUCUCCAACUGUGGAGGAAGACGAAUCUUUAGACCACGGAUCCUGGGAGGCAGCCCUGUGGACUCUCCUUCUCAGUGGCCCUGGAUGGUAUCCAUCAAGACUGGUUCGCCAUCCAGCGGCACACACAUAUGUGCUGGAGUACUCAUUAGAAACAACAGGGUCCUAACCACGGCCAGCUGUGCCGAAAGUGCUUCGACCAUGUAUGUGACCAUCACAGAAAACAAUAUAAACAACCAGGGAGAAAUUGGAGAAACAGACAUUCGUGUUCGUGGCACCAUUGUCCAUCCAGCCUUCGGCCCACCACGGCCCGGGGACACGUUGCAAGGCAAUGAUAUAGCAAUCCUUACUUUGGAGUCAUCUGCUCCUGCCCCCGCCCAGCCAGCCUGCCUGCCUCGUGCAGGUGAAGACAUCCUCCCCGCCACCAGAUGCUUUAUCGCUGGGUGGGGUUUUAAUGCAGCUUCCGAUGGCUUGUUGCAUGAGUCCCGUGUGAACGUGGUCAACAACGCGGUGUGUUCCAUCGUCUUAGCAUUAGGAGUGAAUUCCCAACUACCUCCGGAUAAGCUGUGUUCUGCUCCUUUCAUAGACCGCACAGAUGCUUGCCAGGGAGACAACGGUGGAAUGCUGGUCUGUGAACAACAGCCGAACGUGUGGACGCUCAUUGGUGUCAUCAGCGACAACGCAUGUUCACAAACACUUCCUGUGGUUUAUACGGAUGUUCGGGGACAUAUUCCAUGGAUUCUUCAAAACCUGUAGAAGCAUUUGGGUCACAGCAAAGCAAUGUAUAGUGAGAUUAUAUUUGUUUUAAGGCAGUGUGAUGCCUAUACAUGUGAGGGAAGGGUUGCCAAACUAUACUGUAUUACUUUAUUUCAAAUCAGUGUAUAUCAGCCGAUGUACAUGUACUCUCUAGAUAUAUAUGGUAGAUAUAUUGUGAAACUAGGGAUUUCGUGAAUUACUUAAAGUGAAUUACUAGUAAUUUGAUUAUGUUUUGGUGAGUUGCUGUCAUAGAGAUACCUUGUGGAAAGAGUUAACCCAGUCAAAAUUAUAUUGUAACUGUUGAUGCCACCACAUCCUCAAUUGUUGCAAUAAAUCGUGUAUUCUGUGUCUUUUCCUGUUUAUGGUACAUUGACAAGAAAUAAUUGAAUUUUAACAGAUUCAGCUGUUGCAAUACAUAAACAUUUAUUACAUUCUGUGUAUGGGGAUGUUGACAAGAGUUGAUUCAGGUAGAAUAUAGAAUUUGACUAACAUUUCUUUUUGUUAUUCAUUACUUGUUUAAUCAUGGUAUUGUAUGGGAUGAACUGCACAAAACGUCUUUGUGCUUGUUGUCAAAAGUAAUAUAGGAAUUUCACAGGAUUGGAAUUUCACAGGAUCAUAUUCAGAAAUCCACGAAUUCCCUAGUUUCACAAUCUCACAGUAACAUAUACACAUCAGCCUGAAUAUUACCCCUUUCUUCAUCGGUUGUGCUUUCAAGACAUGUCAGAAGCGGAGCUGUUAAUCAGCUUCGACAGAAGUAUGACAUCGUGUUACUUCAGUUCUAUUCUAUAAAAUUGUCUGUCUGUCUAUUAGGAGGAAUAUGAAAUCUAAAAGUAUCAGUCACCACGAUCAGAACCAGUUUAUUGGUACAUUUGGUCUUGAGGCCUAUAGUUCUUUUGGUGUAUAAACAUGUUUUACAUACCUAAUGCAGGAAUUACCACAACAUAAUUACAACAGGCUACCUGAUACUUGUCUAUUUUUGAAUAUUAA